UGGUCAACCAGCUAAAACCAGCCUAGGCAGGUUUAAGCUGGAUUUUUCAGCAGGGGAGACGGUGAAAGUAAAGAUUACCUUGAAAAUCUUUAAACAGGCAUAAACACAUUAUGGGAGUUCAUUUGCUGAAAUUUAAAUUAAAAUCUGUUUUAUGUUUGGUGAAACGUAUGUUUGUAAUGUUUUUGUGCGUGUUAUAUUAAAAAGAGGGAGAAGAAAUCGAUGUAUGAAUGAUGUAAUGUUUAAAUAAUGUUCCGUUAAAAACGCGUGAAGGUCAUGUGACCAUCAUGAAAAACGCAGCAUCUAAGUUCUCACAGAACGCGUUUUUUUGUCUCUUGCGGUCUUCCGAAUUCGUUUUCCCGAGGUGACCUGGCAAGAGCAGUCUUUAUAAGAACGCAAGUCCGUUAUCUGCCUUCUUGAAAACGAGAAUCAGCCACUGUUUUGGUUUGUCGGUGUAUUUUUCUUUUGUUUGUCGCUUUAAUCGACGACGUUCCUUUGCGCCCGCCCCGCUGUGAUGACGCGUUCACUCAGCGUCGAGUCUUCAGAGCUGAGGUGAGUCAUUCACGCCCAUUCUCGUGUUUACACAACAAUAAAACACACUUUACAGUUUAUUAAAGCGACAAUCUGCGACUAGUUUCUGCAUUGAGUUCACCUCUAUCUGUGUGUCUGCUGACCAAAACAAUACAGCAGGCAGAGAGGAGCUCUGAGAGGACACUAUGAGUGAAUGUGUUUGAGUUUAUCUGUGUUAGUGUGUAGUUUUUACAGGUUUGUGUUCGUUAUGUUGUAAAGUAUGAUCUGUAAAGUGAGAUAAUAAGAAUCUACGAUGGCAAUUACAGUAACUUUGAUGCUCUUUAUGUUUUAAAGGGUUUUGUGAUUUCCCAGUUUGUGUACAUAGCACAUAGGCUACAUGCUAACAGUCGAAAUACUGAAUUGAUAUGAAUACUUCUUAUUUAGACUAGAUAUUGAUAUAAAUGUGGUUAAAAUAGUACGAUAAUAUGUUUGUCCUGCAAGCGAUUAGUGUAAAAUUAGCUGAUCUUAAAUGGAUGUUUUUAAUCUGAGGCUCAUCGAUAUUAUCAGAGCUGCUCCUCUUUAUUUCACAUCAAAGGUUCCUGUUUUUACUUCAAUCAUUAUACUGAUAUUUUUUAGAGCUACAUAUUGACACUUUAAAUUAGGCAUGGGACGAUAACUAUUUUCAAGGUAUACCCCAGUUGGAAAAGGUCAAGGUUUUAAAACCGAUUCCAACCAAUUCUGUUCCUAAGGCAUGUAAGAUUUUUUGUUUGUUUGUUUUGUUUUUUAAGACAACAGUAUCUCCAGCAGAAAAGAUAUCUAAAGAUGCCAUAUUAAAUCAUAAAAAAGUCUGUUUUUGAUACAAACGAAGGCCGCACAAGUCAAUAAUUAGUUUAGCCUGACAUAAUUAAUUUUCCAAAAUAUUUUAAAUGUUUCUCAAAAUAAAACAUACUGUUCAAAAGGGGAAAAAGUUUUUGUGAUUAGAACAUUUAAAAAAUAAUUUUUUAAACAUUUUAGAACAGAAUUCACAAUACCGUGAUUUUUUUAUCCAAGGUUUUAUACCAUCAGAAUCAUAUACAGGCCCAUGCCUACUUUAAAUACAUUUCAUGAUGUUAGCUGACUUAGAUCACAUAUUGUGUCACCUACAUGAUGUAGUUAUAAAUGAUUUAUUAUACCAAUCAGUGUAAAUUAAUCAAAUUUCUCUGUUUAUUGCUCUGAACUCCAUCAGUGAAAGACAAAGACAAAGAGUUUAUUGAAGGACAGUGAGAAGAUGAGUGAUCCAGAACCCUGCAGAAUUAAACAGGAAGAGACUGAAGAACUAAUAGAUGUGGUGGUAAAGGAGGAGAGCGAAGAACUGAGUGAAGAUGAGGAGAAACAUGUCAAGAGUGAAAAUGAAACUCACACAAACACUGAACAUAGGUGCACCUGCACUCAGUGUGGAAAGAGUUUUGGGCGAAAAUACGGUCUCAUAGUUCACAUGAGGAUCCACACUGAAAAGAAACCUUACAAGUGUUCACGCUGCGACAAGAGAUUCAGUAAGUCGAAACAUCUGAGAGCACACAAGAAGAUUCACACUGGAGAGAAACCGCAUCACUGCAUUGAUUGUGGGAAGAGUUUCAGGGAUACAUUUACUCUACAGAGACACGCAAAACAAUUUCACGAGAUGACUGAAUCCAUGAAGGUCCACCUCAAUGUUCGCACAAAGAUGAAGGGUUUUUUAUGCUCUCUGUGUGGGAAGAGUUACAGUUGUCGAAACAGUUUAAAAAUCCAUCAGAUGAUCCACACUGGUGAGAAACCUCACAAGUGUUUACACUGCGGCAAAUCAUUCAGUCAGCUACACACCCUGAAGGCACAUGAGAGCAUUCACACUGGAGAGAAACCGUACACAUGUUCCCAGUGCGGGAAGAGAUUCAGACAACCAUCAAACCUUUAUCAGCACAAGAUGAUCCACACUGGAGAGAAGCCGUAUACAUGUACUCAGUGCGGGAAGAGUUUCAGGCAAUCAUCAAACCUUCAUCAACACAUGAUCGUCCACACUGCAGAUAAAACACACGAAUGUGAUCAAUGCGGGAAAACAUUUUCAACGCUUUCAGUGCUGAGGAUCCAUCUUAGAGUUCAUACAAAGGAGAAACCGUACUCAUGCUCUGAGUGUGGGAAGAGUUUUACAGUGCAGUCGCAGUUCACAGCACAUCAGAAGAUGCACACUGGCGUGAGAGAGUUUGUGUGCUCUGUGUGGGAAGACUUUUAUUACAGCAGGAGGAUUGAAACAGCAUCAGAUGAUCCACACUGGAGAGAAACCUUUCAAGUGUUCGCACUGCGACAAGAGUUUCGGUCGCUUGCAAAAACUGAACAUACACCAGAGGAUUCACACUGGAGAUAAACCGUAUACAUGUACUCAGUGUGGGAAGAGUUUCAGUCACUCACCAAGCCUUCAUCAUCACCUGCUGAUCCACACCGGAGAGAAACCUCACAAAUGUGAUCAAUGCGGCAAAACAUUUUCGAGGCUUCCAGGACUGAAGGACCAUCUUCGACUUCAUACAAACGAGAAGCCUUAUUCCUGUUCUGAGUGUGGAAAGAGCUUUACAUCGCGGUUGUAUUUAAGGAGACAUCAGAAGGUCCACACUGGUGUGAGUGAGUAAUACGUGCUGGGAGUGUAAGAAGACUUAUAUUACAACUGGGAGCUUGAAACGACACCAGAGGAUUCACACCAGAGAGAAACCUUACACAAGUACUGAACAUGGGAAGAGCUUCACAAAAUUUAACCCUUAGGCCGUACUUACACUAGGUACAGUUGCCUCAAACUGGGCCAAAGCACGCUUGUCCUCCCUCCCGUCUCCUCCGACGGCCCGCACUCACACCACAAUCUGGCCUGGGCACGCUUGCGUCAU